GGGCUGCACGGAAUGAUGGCCAGAGGGUCAGCGCUUGAAGCAAUUCGAGAAAGCAAAAGCAGCGCCGGGAGCCCUGGCAAAGAGCUUUCAAACCCUAUAGAAAGCCUAACUGCAAUAAAAAAUGAUCAUUUUUUUCUGCAGCUGCCUGACGCCCCACAGCCACCGCGGCCCCGCGCACCCAGCGGCCCUCCCUUGCCAGAAGCCGCGCCGUCCCCACGGACGGCUCCAGGACCCCGCGCUGCGGCAGCCCUCAGACCGCCGCCUCCGGCUUCGCGGCGCCGAGCCCGGGCUCAGCUCGGGGCCGGUAUCGGCAGCGGCGGGGCUCGGCCUGCGCGUCAGGUGACGCGGGUCGCGGCGCCGCGCUCUCCGCCCAGCGGCGAGCGGGGGAAGGGAGCGGCGGCGGCGGCGCGGGGCCGUGUGGCGGCGGCGCGGCACCUGGGCUCCCCCCGAGGCCGCCGGCAGGCAGAGGGGCUCUCGCAGCCUCUCGCAGCCCCGGCGGGGAGCGCGGCCGGCAUGAGCCAGGUGCCGAGGAAGUUGCCCCAGGAGGAGGGGGACGAGGAGGAGGAAGAGGAGGAGGAGAUCGUGGGCUUGGCGGGCUACGCCGACGGGGCCGAGUCCUUCUCGGACGGGGACGCGGAGAGCGGCGGCGAUGAGGCGUUUUUGGAUUUCAAUGAUCCCUUCAGUACUGAAGUUAAGCCACGAAUCCUGCUCAUGGGUUUGAGAAGAAGUGGGAAGUCUUCCAUUCAGAAAGUUGUCUUUCACAAAAUGUCACCAAAUGAGACCCUCUUCUUGGAAAGCACAAACAAAAUCUGCAGAGAGGAUGUAUCCAACAGCUCCUUUGUCAACUUUCAGAUAUGGGAUUUUCCUGGGCAGAUUGACUUCUUUGACCCCACAUUUGACUAUGAGAUGAUUUUCAGAGGCACUGGAGCACUAAUAUUUGUUAUUGACUCUCAGGAUGAUUAUAUGGAAGCAUUAGCUCGGCUGCAUCUUACUGUGACCAGAGCAUAUAAAGUGAAUCCAGACAUCAACUUUGAAAUCUUUAUCCAUAAAGUGGAUGGCUUAUCUGAUGAUCACAAGAUUGAAACACAAAGAGAUAUUCACCAGAGGGCAAAUGAUGACCUUGCAGAUGCUGGAUUGGAGAAAAUUCAUCUCAGCUUUUAUCUGACAAGCAUAUAUGAUCAUUCUAUAUUUGAAGCAUUUAGCAAAGUGGUACAGAAACUGAUUCCACAGCUCCCAACACUGGAAAAUCUGCUUAACAUCUUUAUUUCAAAUUCUGGGAUUGAGAAAGCAUUUUUAUUUGAUGUAGUAAGUAAGAUCUAUAUUGCAACGGACAGCACUCCAGUGGAUAUGCAAACUUACGAGCUCUGCUGUGAUAUGAUAGAUGUUGUGAUUGACAUUUCUUGUAUAUAUGGGCUUAAAGAUGAUGGCACUGGAACUCCGUAUGACAAAGAAUCAAUGGCAAUCAUAAAACUGAACAAUACAACUGUCCUUUAUUUAAAAGAAGUAACAAAAUUCCUUGCUCUUGUUUGCUUUGUGAGAGAAGAAAGCUUUGAGAGAAAAGGAUUAAUAGACUACAAUUUCCAUUGUUUUCGAAAAGCCAUACAAGAAGUAUUUGAAGUAAGAAUGAAAGUAGUAAGAUCUCGAAAACAUCAAAGUCAUGUGCAAAAAAAUAAGAGACCCACUCCUAAUGGGACACCAAGAAUGCCACUGUAACUGAGGUUUUCUGGCACUGUGGCGAGCUAAGAUUUCAUGAAGUUGAUGUGACUUCUGCAUCUCAUUGCACUGAGUGAAGAGGAAAACCAAUGGGACUGAUGUAUUACAUGAAUUUUCCCUGAACGUUCAGAAAGCACUGUUUAAAUAUUUUUAUCCAAUCAGUUUUUUUAAUAUAGUGAGCACUUUGAGCAAAAUGUUGUAUAUAUAAGCAUUGAGGUGAACACUUGUAAGAAGUUUCUUAAUAUAUGCUGUAAACCUUUUUCAUGCCAUAUUAAGAAAAAACAGCUGUGACAGAAAUACUGGGUACAUAAUUUGCACUUUUUCAUGUUUUCCUUGUGGAGUUGGACUUUGAUAAACUUAGUUUUUAUGGUGAUUUUGAUGCAUGGCGUCAGGUAAAAUGUAUGCUGUAUUUUAUUUACCUGCUACAAUCAAAUUGGCUAGUAAACAAUUAAGAAAACUUGGUACGAUGCCUUUUAAAAUUUGUUACAGCUAAUACCUAACAUUCAUACCGAUCUAAUUUCAUAUAUUUUUCAAUUUGUAACCUGAAAAGUAAUUUUGAAGUAUUACAGCAAUAAGUACCUUACCAGCAAUCAUAACUGGUAGGUAAACAUUCAUAACUGGUAGGUAAAUAUUAGCUUUUAUAAAACAGGCUUUUGGCCAAAUUUCAUCUGGAGUUCUUCAUAACACUGGUAAUGCCCUCUGGGUCUACUUUUAUCAUUUACCUCAGCGUAUACCACUAAAAUACCUUUCUAUAAAGACAGUUGUUUUGUAAAAUGGCUCUAUGUUGCACUGGUAUUUUUACAAGGUUUUGGAGGAGGGUGGUUUGUCCAAAAGAUUGAAUUUAUGCUGCUAAAUUUGUUUUGAUGGCCUGCACAGUUGUGGUUGUUGCGGUGAAGAAUCUGUGCAUUUCAACCCUGCCAUUCAGAUGUACUGAUGGAAGUCCUAAAGAUGCAAGCACAUCAGAAGUUUUCUGAUUCCUUCUACUUGUGGGUACAUCUGCAAUUGAAAUGAGUACUGGAGAAAUCAACCUGUUACAGCAAUCAGACUAUCUUGCUACUUUUAAUAUAUAGGAAUGAGCAGAUUUGUCAAAGGAUCCACCAGGACAUCCGAGUACUAUCAGACUUUAAAAAUAAGUAAAACUUUCUGAAUUCUGUAUUUACUGGUUUUGUUUAGUUAAUGAUACAAAAGUGUCAUUCCUAGCUGGAAGAACAACUGCUUUUUUCUUUCUCCCCAAUCCCACUGCAAACCAGUUGCGUGCACAUUCCGAAGGUGUUGUCAGCAGCUGCUGGGAGUGGGAAGAGCUUGAUUUGGAAAGCAGUUUGCAGUAUACCAGAACUGGGCAAGGGGAGCUGCACUUCACUCAGUCAUAAAUUUGUCUAUCCCUGCCUGAGAUAGCUCUGGGAUAGAUGGGAGGGGAGAUGGAAUUUGAAAGUUUUCUUUUGGUUAAGGCAAGGAAUAGUACUGAGUGUCUAUUACUGAGUUACGAGCUCCCAGUGUUUUCUGGCUUUUGUUUCACAGGUUAAACUCCUUAUUUUUCAACAAGUCUAAAUUCAGUGGUGGUUUGAAUGUAAAUGCAAAGUUUCUGUAUGCUGUACACAUCUUGAGGUUCUAUUGCACUGAAUACAUAAGCUGGGAGAGCCACUUGGCAUUGAAUGCAAAGGUUCUCCUCACAAGCAUCUGCCAAAAGAGAAAUCAGUACUUUCCAAGUCCCUUACUGCUGCUUAACACGCAUGACUUAUUUAUCUUUCUGGAACAAAUUGGCCAUUUUGGCAUGAAUGUACUGAAUACAUGGGGAGUUCUUAGAAAUAGGUGUAGGCUACUGGAUGGAUCUAGGCUCCAAGUCUCACUAGAUCAGGAAUGUAAUUCUAGGAAGGUGAAAAAUGUUGAGAAUAAGUGUUGAUCCUGGCAGCAGGGUGAAGGAUAAUCACGGUAGCUGUAACGAAAGCAGAGUGCUUCAGAAAGUGAAAGAGUUCAGUUUUGGUUCAGUUACCACCUGUUGUGUUAAGUGAGGGUGGCUUGGUCUGAGGCAAAGCUCUCUUCAGAGUUCACCACAGAAACGGUGGGUAAGAGCUACCCUUCCAUAGCCUUCCAAACUGGACUUUUAUUGAAGGGCAGCCAUAAUUUUUGACCAUUUAGUUGAGAUCCACCAUUGUGACUCAGCCUCAGUCUUUUUUCGCUUCAUUCUUGUCAGGUAUAUGUGAUUUUGUGAGAUGAACAACACAUGCCAGCAUGUAUUCAUUGUUAGACAACGCAUUAAGAAAAGCAUCUGAUCACACUGGCUGUGGUAUGAAUACUAACUACUAAAGAAUGUUGUUCCUUUAUAUUUGGCCUAAGAUCUGUGUAGUCAUGCGUACCCUUUUUCUUAGAGAGACUAUCAAGUUAAUUAAGCUAUUCAUUUACCAUGAAGUUCCCUCCUGAAUUUGACAUCAACUGUAAUGCAUAAUGUAGUGAAGGUGACUUUGGCUAAUAAAAAUAAUCAAAUUGGAUAUUA